GCUGGGUGGCUGGUCGCAGAACUCCACGACACGUGCAAUGAUUUUUGCCGCUUCAAUGGCUUUGAUGGCUGCAACGAGUCCCGGAUUCAAGAGAUCAACCGACAUCCCAGGGCGACACGCUUGCUCGAGGGUCUGGGGUACAAUUGCAGUGCGACAGUUGCCGCCCGCGGCACCGGGAUUUUCUUCGAUCCUCCCGGUACGCCGGGGACAGCCGGUAAGUGCUUUUACACGAGCGGCACUGUUGACUGCGACGUCAACACGAAGAACUAUGAGAAGCCGGUGUGCCAGUGUAGCACCGUGACAACUGCAACAACGACUCCAGAUGUUGCUCGGCUGGACAUGAGAAGUGCAACAGAUGCAGGCAACGCAUCCGAGAGCACCGUGAAUGUUAGCAGGACACGGUGCCUAAAUAAGCAGCACAUGGACAGGGAGGCUGGCUGGCUGGUCGCAGAACUCCACGACACGUGCAAUGAUUUUUGCCGCUUCAAUGGCUUUGAUGGCUGCAACGAGUCCCGGAUUCAAGAGAUCAACCGACAUCCCAGGGCGACACGCUUGCUCGAGGGUCUGGGGUACAAUUGCAGUGCGACAGUUGCCGCCCGCGGCACCGGGAUUUUCUUCGAUCCUCCCGGUACGCCGGGGACAGCCGGUAAGUGCUUUUACACGAGCGGCACUGUUGACUGCGACGUCAACACGAAGACCUAUGAGAAGCCGGUGUGCCAGUGUAGCACCGAGACAACUGCAACAACGACUCCAGAUGCCACCCGUUGGCAGAUCGGCGCGCUUGGUGAGACCUGCAAUGACGUGUGCACCAAUGGUUGCAACGAGACUGAGAUGGCGCAGAUCAACCGCCAUCCCAGGGCGACGCGCUUGCUCGAGGGUCUGGGGUACACUUGCAGCGCGACAGUCGCCGGCCGCGGCUACGGGAUCUUCUUCGACCCUGUCGGUACGUCGGGGACAGACGGUAAGUGCUUUUACACCAGCGGCACUGUGGACUGCAGUAAAAACGACAAGAGCUACGAGCAGCCCGUGUGCUACUGCAACCCGGCCCCAUGA